AUGUUUGGGAUUAAGAACUUCUCUGCUAUUAUUAACCCACCCAAGCAUGUAUUGUGGCAGUUGGUGCUUCAGAGGAUCAACUGGUUCCAGCAGAUAAUGAAAAAGGAUUUGAUGUGGCUAGCCAGAUGUCUGUUACACUUAGUUGUGACCAUCGGGUUGUGGAUGGAGCAGUUGGAGCCCAGUGGCUUGCUGAGUUUAGAAAGUACCUUGAGAUACCUAUCACCAUGUUAUUAUAA